AUGGGCCGCUCCCGCCGGACGGGCGCGCACCGGGCGCACUCGCUGGGCCGCCAGAUGAAGGCGAAGAGGCGGCGGCCGGACCUGGACGAGAUCCACCGCGAGCUGCGGCCCCAGGUUCCCUCACGGCCCCGGCCGGACGCGGAUGCCCAGCCAGACCCGGACCUGCCCGGGGGCGGCCUGCACCGCUGCCUGGCCUGCGCGAGGUACUUCAUUGAUUCUGCCAACCUGAAGACCCACUUCCGGUCCAAAGACCACAAGAAAAGGCUAAAGCAGCUGAGCGUGGAGCCUUACACUCAGGAAGAGGCUGAGAGGGCAGCAGGCAUGGGCUCCUAUGUGCCCCCCAAGCGGCUGGCAGUGCCCACAGAAGUAUCCACGGAGGUCCCUGAGAUGGACACGUCGACCUGA